UGUCUGGAUACGGAUACAUAAAUAAUUACGCUUAGGCAGUUGUAUGGUGCAAACGAGGAAGGGGAGAUUGGAACAGGAAGUCUGGUCGAACUUCAUAACCUCAACGGAUCGGCCCAUGUUGAGUUUUGUGCAUAGCCAAGGGAAAUGUGAACGUUAUCAUUGCUUCAUUUAUCAUACGAGGAUAACAAUAAAGAAUUUACAAGGUUCUAUGAAAGGAUAUCAAAUAUAUAAAUGUGGGAUGUGGGCGAACAACAUUUAAAUUCUGAUAUGACACUUAUUUUUAAUGAAUUCCUUUAAACUUAUGUAUUGGUGUUGAAUUGUUUGUACUGUGGGCUGUUAACAUUUCACACAGAAACAAAUUUGUAUAGAGGGUUUGCAUUGAUGUCACUUUUUCACGUGACCACGCCGAAAAUCGCCGAAAACGUUCAACAAAAUCGCUGGUUUUCAUAGCGGGUGCUGCAAAAAUACCAGUAAAACUGACUAUAAUCAGCUUAAAUUAAAUUUAGUUGGACUUGAUAGAACAGGUGGACAAUACUUAGUUACAUUAGUUACAUCUUCCAAGCAUCUGUGCUUUAUUAGGUUGUUUGUAUUGGGAAAAUGUUACUUCACCACAUUCGAAAGCAUAUAAUCAUACUGUGUAUUCUUUAAUAUUGCAUAUUAAUACCCAAUUACAUUAAAAGUGUGUACUUUUACUUGAGUAAAAGUACGUUAAUGUACUUAAAUAUUAAAUGUAAAACAAACACGUGUAUUUAUGAAAUGUAAUAGAAUAAAAAUUAUGAUAAUAUGCUUUGGAAUGUGUUUUCCAAAGAAAAACACGGAUAAAAUACAAAUACUUGAAAAAAUACGUUUAAGUAGAAAGUAAAACCUCUGCUUGAUAGGGACCCUAGCAACUUGUCAACCCACCUGUGGUCUGUGGACGUUGGAAUGAACGAUCAAUUUACUUGUCUUAUCAGUUUUCUUGUUAAUCUGUUAGUACAGUCUAUCGCACAACAGCUUUUUCCCAUUUCGACGCGUUUUCGCCGAUGUCACGCUGUAAUCAAAUGCUGCCGCUCUGUCUUUUGCCACUCAGUGGGCGUAACCGCAUUCCCUCUCGCCGACGGUGACGUCAUGUGCAUACCCUCUAUUUACCUCUGGACUUUGAUUAGAUCUCAACAUUUACUAAGUAACCUUUUCAAGUAAUGAACAGUUCACCUUUGUUGUUUCUCCGUAUAAACAUCUUAGUGUAAAUGCAUUUGUUGGUACUUCAGUUGCAUUUAAUCCGCGAUAAAAAAAAAAAAUUGCGAACGCGAUCUCUUUCAUUGCUGGGGUUUUCAGUCCACAACACAGCGAGAUUCAGGAAAGCUUGCCUGCACUUUUGUCACUCCUCCCCUCAUUGCAGCCGUCUGCUCUCGUCUAAAUUCCAGGCAAGCUGCAUCUCAAACAAGCCUAAUAACAGAUUGAGUUGAAUCCACGCGGGAUCUUUGACAUGUUGUCCUCGAUUUCAACCGUAUUCCCGCUUCUGUUCGCGGCGUUAUUCGCGCCGACAGUCGCUCAUUCGAAUUGUUACUACUUCACAACCAGCAGCGGUGAAUUCAAGCACACUGAGAUCUGUAAUUUAACCGAAAUUUCGUAUCAGUUGAAAGGAAAGUUUUGCUGUGGGACCUGCGACGACCGCUACUGCUGCACCGAUCCCCAAAAAAGAUUAACUGAUGUCCAACAAAAUGACUGUGAUUUUAAAGUAUUUAAGGAUUUGCUUGAACCUCCACCUGAAACCACUGGCGAUGGGAUGGUUGCCAUCAUCGUGAUCGUAGUAGGAGGGAUUGUCUUCUCCAUUCUGUUCCUCAUCUGCUGGGUCUCUCCCAGCUGCUAUCUCUAUAAGAAGUGCCGAAACCCUAGCCCUGUGAUAGGAGUAAGUACAGUCGUGACUACACAACAUCUUCCGCAGCCGAAUGUCAUUAUUGGAGGUCGGUAUCCACCUUACCAACCACUGACAAAUGACCCAGAGUAUGACUGUCCGAUGGGAUCAUAUGAGGGACAGCCAUGUGUACCGGGACUGCCACCACCAUAUCAAGAGGCUGGAUAUCCUGUUCCCAGCAGCAAGCCUUCAAAUAUCAGUGUCCAGGUCAUGAACCCAAUUGUUCCACCAUCUCGGUCAGAUCUUGCUCACAAUCCCCUCCACACAGAUUAUACCUCACCACCACCCAUCAACCCUGCCUAUGUGGAAUCAACAAAUAAUACUCACUAAACCACAUCCUGUCACAUCUACUCCUCGAUAGAUUGUGGUGCGAAUGUGUUUAAACUUGCUUUUUUAUAGUUUAUUAUUAUGUAUUUAGUUUAUUUUUUUCUGUUGUGUUUAACUGCCAUUUGUUGUUGCACAAGUGCCAACUUUACACUUGCUUUCGCUUUGACCACAAGCUGUAUUUUGACUUUAGUGAGCUCUUUUUUUUGUCUUUGUAACCUAAAAAAAUAAAAAAUGAUAGUUUACCUUAUUUGGAUAAAAUCGCAUUUAUUUUUGUUUAGUAAUGAUAACUAAAUGUUAAAUUGGGUCAGUGUUUAAUUUUUUAAAAUUAAAAAAAAAUAUUCCUUGUUGCACUUAGCCUACAUUUUAAGUAUAAUUAACUUUAAUUUACAAUUAAUUUUAACUUUAUUGACUACACUGUAAAAAAUAAAAUUUGGAUCAACUUAAAAAAAUACUUACAUUUGUAACACCUGAAUUUUUUUUCACUUUAAGUGAAAAUUUUACGUUGAAAAUGCUUAAAUAUUUUAGCUGUUACCAAAAGUAUUUUUAAAUUGAUUUAACUUUUAUUUUUUACAGUGUAUUGAGUUGCUUUAAAUUAUAAAAAAUAAAGUUGAAUUAGCUUAAUUUUUACCAACUUUAUCCUAAAAAAAGUUGAAAUUAAUUGUUAAUUCAAGAUGAUUAAACUUAAAUGUCUUUAAGUAGUUACGUGACAUUCUUUACUGAAUACUGUGCUGGACCUUAAACUCAAAGGAUGCUGUAUAAUGUUGAAUAUUUUGAAUGUUAUCAAAUGUACUGAUCAAGACUGUUUUUUUGAAGUUCUUUGUUAGCCUUUUCGAUUCUGGAAUUUUAAGUUUGAAAGAGAAAAAUGUACGAAUGUGUAAUCGAUUUCUUUUGAGAUGUGCACAUUAAAAUAAAAUAUCCUGCAUUGA